UUUUCCCACACCAAAACCAUAUAUACAUAUAACUAAUAGAUCGAGCAUAUAAGCAAUACAACCUAUAUAUCUUUUUCUUAUUUUACAAUGGCGGGGAUGAUGUUCAAGAUUUUAUGUUCUAUGAUAGUUGGGAUGAUGGUGGCGGCACCCUAUGCGGAAGCCGCCCUUUCUUGUAAUGAAGUGAUCAUCAAGUUGGCACCAUGCCUAGGCUACCUGAUGACUGGUGGUAAGGUGCCAAUAAGAUGUUGCAAAGGUGUUAAGGGACUCAAGGCUGUCGCGAAAACAGUCUCUGAUCGCAAAAGGGCAUGCGAAUGUUUGAAAACGGCUUAUAAGUCCCACCCCGGGAUCAAGCCUGCCAACGGUGAGAUCCUUCCUCGCAAAUGUGGAGUUAGCGUUCCUUACAAGAUCAGUCCCAAGACUGACUGCAACAAGGUGAAGUGAUCCUUAUACUGAAUGAAUGGGGAAUGGAAAGUGGCACUUGGGUGUAGGAUAUAUGUAUCUGAAAUCAUAGAAAGAUAAACUAUUGUGAAAAUAAAAUGGAAAACCUUGUUUUCUCUAUAAAGAGAUAUACUAACAUACAAUAUAUGUGUAGUUGUGUCCUAUAAUGUAUCGUAUGUAGUUUUAGUUAUAUACAGUGCUACUUUUGCUCUGAAA